CCGAUCUGCUUUUCUUUCUGGUUAGAAUCCUAUACAGCGAUAAUCUUGCGAAUUGGAGAAAGAGGUCAACCAUUUUUCUUUUAUGGAUUUCGACGAGUACGAAUACCUGGAGAAGACGGUGGUCGAGGAAACCGAGCAGCGAGACCCCUUGUCUUCUAAGAAAAGCAAAGACAAAGACAAAGACGCCGGCUUCGACAAGAACGAUAAAGAACACCGGAAGGAUAAGAAAUCUAGAAGUGAAGAUGAUCGCGUCGGGAGGAGAGACAGGGAUGGCAAAGAGAGGUCGGAGAAGCAUGAGAAGGAUCGGCGCCGGAGCAGCAGGAACGACGACAGAGAGGUAGAUAGAGAAAAGGAUCGGAAACGGACUAGCAGAUACUUGGAUAAGGAUACAGAAGGAGAGAUAAAAGAGAAGGAUAGGUCGAGAAAGCAUGAAACUGACCGUGACAAAGAGAGGGAAUGUGAAUUCGAUGUAAGAGACAACAACAGGAGAUUCAAAGAGAAGAAAGAGAAAGUGGAGCCUGAACAUGAUCCAGAAAGGGACCAAAGAACUGUUUUUGCUUUCCAGAUGCCACUGAAGGCAACUGAAAAGGAUGCUUAUGAUUUCUUCUCUAAAGCUGGGAAGGUGAGAGAUGUACGGAUAAUCAUGGACAGAAACUCGAGACGGUCCAAAGGAGUUGGGUACAUUGAAUUUUAUGAUGCAAUGUCUGUGCCAAUGGCGAUUGCACUUACUGGACAGCUGCUUCUUGGACAACCAGUGAUCGUUAAGCCAUCAGAGGCUGAAAAGAAUCUUGUACAAAGUACUACUUCUAUAGCAGGUUCUGCUGCAGGACCAUAUGGUGUAGUUGAUAGAAAACUCUAUGUUGGUAACUUACAUUUCAACAUGACAGAACUUCAGCUCAAACAAAUUUUUGAAUCUUUUGGGCAGAUAGAGCUUGUACAGUUACCUACAGAUCCUGAGACAGGACACUGCAAAGGUUUUGGUUUUAUUCAGUUUGCCAAACUUGAAGAUGCAAAGAAUGCUGAAAAGUUAAAUGGGCAACUAGAUAUUGCCGGUAGAAUUAUUAAGGUUUCAUCAGUGGCCGAUCAUGUUGGAUUACAUGAUUCAGGGGCCAAAGCAGCUGAUUUUGAUGACGAUGAUGGGGUUGGUAUGGCACUAAAUGCACAGUCAAGAGCAAUGCUUAUGCAGAAGCUUGAUCGAAGUGGAACUGCAACAAGUUUUGCACAGUCUUUCAGUGACAUGACAUCAAGUCAACAAACUGCAAUUCCUUCCCCAAUUCUUCCAUCACUACUUACUUCUGUGGAAACUGAACUGAUUGGAAAGCCUAGUGAAUGCCUUCUUCUGAAGAACUUGUUUGAUCCAUCUACUGAGACAGUGGAAGAUUUUGAUAUCGAGAUUAAAGAGGAAGUGGAGGAAGAAUGUUCCAAGUAUGGAAGGGUGAAUCACUCCUAUGUGGAAAAAAAUAGUUCCGGUUAUGUAUAUAUGCGGUUUGAUACAAUGGAAGAAGCAGCCAAGGCCCAAGCAGCAAUGCAUAAGAGAUGGUUUGCCUGCAGGUUGAUUUCAGCAGUGUUUUUGCAAACAUACGAGUACGAUGCGAAGUUUAAACGUGCAACUUGAUUUGCGGAAACAAUGUUUAUGUUUUAGCAGCGGACACAUUCUUGUGCAUGUUUUUUUUGUGUGUGUUUUACUUCAAUACUAAUUCCGCUCUUGGUUCUGUAACACUCACUUCUUGGUUUUAAAUUUUUAAUGUAAUGGGUUUUCAAUAAUUGUUUGACAAUGAAACAAAUUAUCUGGGAAAUCUUCACCUUGAAGGAUGUUUGUUGUGCUGUCU